AUGAAACACUCAUCUUCUUUAACCGAAGACUUCCAAAUUAAUCCAAACACCAGACAUCAUCACCGACAUAGACAUAAGCAAACUGAAGCUCCACUACCAUUAGACUCAUUCCUGACAAUAAGCAAAUAUUUCGAUCCUCUAACCAAUUUUAGAGAAAAAGAAUAUUUGGAUAAAGACCUCGUAGGUUAUGAUAUGGUCGUCGACACAACUCAGAACGACUGGCUGAAUAUGUCUCAAGACCAGAUUGGAGAUAUGAAGGAUAAAAAACAUCAACACUGGCCAAUAAAAAGGGAAGCUGUAAUUGAAGGUGAUUUGGUUUUAGGAGGCUUGAUGAUGGUUCAUGAAAGGUCUGACAGCAUGACAUGUGGUCCAGUCAUGCCUCAAGGUGGAGUUCAAGCGUUAGAAACAAUGUUGUACACAUUGGAUAUUAUCAAUAAUAAAUUGAAGCUAAUACCAGGUGUAACUAUCGGCGCUCAUGUUCUUGACGAUUGUGACAGAGAUACAUAUGGUCUGGAGAUGGCUGUUGACUUCAUAAAAGGAUCCAUAAGUAAUAUCGAUGAUGCUGAAUACGCAUGCAACGCAACAGCCAUGAGGAAAGUCAUCUCUGGCGUCGUGGGUGCUGCAUCUAGCGUCACUUCUGUACAAGUUGCUAACUUGCUAAGACUGUUUAAAAUACCACAGGUUUCAUUCUUCUCGACGUCGCCCGAACUAUCUAACAAAGCUCGUUUCGAGUAUUUUACACGAACUAUUCCGUCUGAUCAUCAUCAGGUGCAAGCGAUGGUUGAGAUAGUAAAGAAACUAGGAUGGAGCUACGUCUCCAUCAUCUACGAGGAGUCCAGUUAUGGAAUCAAGGCAUUUGAAGAACUAGAAGCUUUGUUGGCAAGAAAUGGUAUCUGUAUCGCUGUGAAGGAAAAGCUGGUGAAAGACUCGGGUGUUGCCAGCGAAGGAGCCUAUGACAAUAUAGUGCAAAAGCUACUGACAAAACCACGAGCAAGAGGAGCAAUCAUCUUCGGUUCUGAUCAAGAAGUGGCUGGUGUGAUGAGAGCAGUGGAACGCGUAAACGCGACCAGUUCCUUCAGUUGGAUCGGGUCUGAUGGGUGGAGCGCGAGAGCUCUGGUCUCUGAAGGGAACGAGAGAGCUGUAGAGGGAACGAUCAGUGUGCAACCUCAGGCAAACGACGUAAAAGGCUUCAAAGAAUAUUUCUUAGGGCUCAAUGUGAAGAAUAAUAAGAGAAACCCUUGGUUUGUCGAAUUCUGGGAGGACCACUUCCAAUGUCGCUACGCUGGUAGUCCUCGCACGCCGUACAACGGUCAAUACAAACACGCCUGCUCUGGAAAGGAGAGGCUCACUGUGAACAACACUGAGUUUGAGAGACAACUACAGUUCGUCUCGGACGCUGUCAUGGCCUUCGCUUAUUCGAUCAAGGAUAUGCAUGUAGAAGUGUGCGGUGGAAAACGAGGACUGUGCGAUUCCAUGCGACCAGCUAGCGGGGCGGAGCUGCUUCGCUUUUUGAGAAAAGUCCGAUUCACUGGUCUAAGCGGAGAUGAGUUUUUCUUCGACAGCAACGGCGAUGGUCCGGCGAGAUAUAAUAUCUUGCAUUUCAAGCAGGUUUCCAAAGGGGUGUACCACUGGGUCAACGUCGGCCAAUACAUAGACGGAGAACUACAACUCAAUUUAGAUGAUAUCCAGUUCAAAUGGGGGGAGCGUCGGCCGCCCGAGUCAGUCUGCAGCGCCGAAUGCGAGCUGGGGCAAGCCAAGCAGUACGUCGAGGGCGAAAGCUGUUGCUGGCAUUGCUUCAAUUGUACCCAAUAUGAGAUUCGUUCGCCAGAAUCGGAAACAACGUGUAUAGUGUGUCCGCGAGGCACUCUCCCGAACCCAACCAGGACAGAGUGCACGUCCAUACCAGAGGCCUACUUGAGGCCUGACUCUGCUUGGGCGAUUGGUGCGAUGUCGUUUUCAUCAGUCGGGAUUUUGUUGACUGCAUUCGUCUGCGGAGUGUGGGUGCGCCAUAGCUCGACUCCGGUCGUGCGUGCGAGUGGGAGAGAGCUAUCUUAUGUCCUUCUCGCCGGGAUACUUAUGUGCUACUUAGUUACUUUCGCGCUGGUAUUCCGACCGACUGACAUUUUAUGCUCAAUUCAAAGAUUUGGUACCGGCUUCUGCUUCACGGUGGUGUACGCGGCGCUACUCACUAAAACAAACAGGAUUUCUCGGAUUUUCAACGCGAGCAAACAUUCUGCCAAGAGACCUAUACUCAUCUCCCCGAGCUCUCAACUCGCGAUAUGUACUGCACUUGUAUCUAUUCAGGUACUUAUAGUGGUGGUGUGGAUGAUCGUGGCGCCAGCUAGAGCGAUGUUCCACUACCCCACGAGGGAGGACAACAUGUUAGUGUGCGAUUCAUACGUCGACGCGUCUUACAUGAUCGCCUUCUUCUACCCCAUUGUACUGAUCGUCGUAUGCACAGUGUAUGCUAUACUCACUAGGAAAAUACCCGAGGCAUUUAAUGAGAGCAAGCAUAUAGGUUUCACAAUGUACACGACGUGCGUGAUCUGGCUGGCGUUCGUCCCUUUGUACUUCGGCACGGCGAGCCACGUGCCGCUGCGCAUCACUAGCAUGGCCGUCACUAUAUCACUGAGUGCAAGCGUCACCCUCGUCUGCUUAUUUUCUCCUAAGCUGUACAUAAUACUAAUUCGUCCGGAACGCAACGUCCGCCAGAGCAUCAUGCCCGUACGCUACAGUCGCAAGCCGCCGCCGCUCGCUUUGCCACACCCACCAAAUAAGAAACCACCUUGCGCUGACAAAGGAACCCAAACAGAUCCAGCGGACUUCAACAAAUUGACCAACGGGCAGACUGUGCAGGCAAAAGACGAAUCUAAAGAUGAAAUAAAAGAUAAAAACAAAAUUAAAGAUGAACUAAAAGAUAAAAACAAAGUUAAAGAUGAAACAAAAGAUAAAAACAAAAUAGAUAAAAAUAACAAAGCAGAAAAAGAUACCAAAUAUAAUAACGUAAAAGGUAAAAAUGAAGUUCUUAACGAGAUGAAUGAAAGAGACGCGUUA